AUGAAGGCAAAGUAUGAUCUGGCAACGGGUGUUUGUCUGGUGAAACUUGGCUGCGAGGCACCCAACUCCAAAGUGGUGAAGGUGCCGGAUGGCCUCGGGGGGGGCAGCAGUUUCAGUGAUAAGACAGAUGUGCCGUCUGGUGCCAUGGCUGGAACCAGAGAUGAGUGCAACCUUCUGGAUUUUGAGUCGUCAGAUCGCCCUCUGGUGGUCAACUUUGGCUCAGCCACCUGACCCCCCUUCAUCAGCCACCUGCCAGCUUUCCGCCAGUUGGUGGAGGACUUCAGUGAGGUAGCUGACUUCCUGUUAGUGUACAUUGAUGAGGCUCACCCGUCUGAUGGUUGGGUGGCCCCUCCUAUGGGCUCCUGCGCGUUCAAUGUCCAAAAACACCAGAACCUGGAGGAGCGACUGGGGGCCGCACGCAAACUUAUCGAGCACUUUUCCCUUCCCCCCCAGUGUCAGCUGGUGGCAGACUGCAUGGACAACAAUGCUAAUGUGGCUUAUGGUGUGUCCAAUGAGAGGGUUUGUAUAGUGCAACAGAGAAAGAUUGCCUACCUUGGCGGUAAGGGUCCUUUUUUUUACAAUCUAAAGGAUGUGAAGCACUGGCUGGAACAGAGCUAUGGUAAACGGUAGGAGUCACCAGACAUGUACAGAGGACAUAUUUACAUAAGAGACCAGUACGUUUUGUAGACUAAUAAAGACCAAAUUAAAAAGUCUAUUAUUGUGAUAUCAUCUGCAACAAAGCUGUUAUUAAUUCAGUUACAUAAUUGUGGCUUACUUUUCAAAUCAGUCCAACUUUUUGCCCGGCCAUCCACUUAAACUGGGAUGAACACACACACAUGUGCUAAAAAGUCACAUAAACUAGGCAAUACAUUGAUUCGGGGCAAUGUAUUAUGACAGACAGUGUAUGUGAUUCAUAUGUAUUUCUGCCCGCCUUUGCUUCUAAAAUCCUGUUUGAAGUAUUUUCUGUUGAAAAAAAUAAAGGGCAGAAAUCUCAAGUUACCAGUUUUUAUCAAAUUGGAGUUUAUACUAUUGAUUGGAGAUUUGAUGUUUGUAUUCACUGUCAACAACUUCAUUGAAUGUUUUAGGUUUAUUUACCCCACUUCCUAUAAGGCUAAAUGUUCAUAAAUAGAUACUGCCCAUUGUUGACCAUCGAACAGCUCUGUAGUGUCCCCAACCCCUAGAAAGGGUUUGUGUUUACUCUGUUGAAUCAGAGUAGAUUCCAUGUGGCUUUUUUGACACUGAUCCACACAAAUAGAACAGUUGAACAAAAUGAAUUCCCAUUAGCAUUACUAAUCAGCGGUGAAUAAUAUAAGAAAUGUAUCAACUCUAAUAAAAAACUGACAUCCUGUCAUUGAUCAUUUUAAAUGUGCCCUGGGCAAUACUGCUGUUUUUAUUAUCCCUCUAUAAGGAUGUAACAGGAUCAAUCUGAACAUGCAGGUUUUUUUUGUCAUGGGUCAUGUCCGUCCUACAGUACAUUAAAACACCAGUGAUGAUUUAAGUGUCUCCUAUAAAGUUGUCUGAAACAGCUCCUUCACCUCUGCAUGCUUCAUACUGCAAUGCAUUGAUUUAAAAACAAAUCGGAACAGCAUUAUGUUUUCAGACACACUUUGUGUUGCAUAGUAGUAUGUACACUUUAUUAUUACAAUCUUUGCUAAGGAUCCUUUUUUGAUUGCAUCAGAACAUUAGCAUUAGCUUAUUACAGCUGUAUUACUUCACACACUGCAGAAUAAUGUGUAGCUAGCAAUAAAUCCCUAAGAUUGUAUUGGCAAAGUGGUCAAUACCACUGACGGAUCAAUUUAAUGUUAGAUUCAUUUCCUGGAUAAAACAUUUCUAUCCAGAAUACAUGCAUGGAUUUAAAAUGAGUGUACUGUUAUGCUGUAUUAAAACAAAAAAAGUUGUUCUUUAAGGUUCAGGCAUUAUCUAAAAAUAUCGCCACAGGGUGGGAGAAUGGUUCUUGAUGUCCGCACUUUCCUUAGACAUACAUAUAUCAGGACCUUAUUCAGAGUGCUUUGGACAUUAUUUUAACCCAACUCGGUUCUUCUUUGGGCUCGAGGUUAUGAAGUGACAUGUGAAGACCUCUGCUUGUCAUGUUUUUUAAAGAAGGGUCAAUAAAGAUGCUUUAGACUUCCAAGAGUUUAAGUGAUAGCAUUUGAGUUCUAUAGGACACACAGAUGGUUUGUUCUGCUCGCAGUGACAGAGGUGUGCUGAUGAAAACCUCUGACGAAAGAGUCCCUGACUCGGUCUCUGGUUGGAUAGUGAACUGCACCUGGUCAACAUCACAGAAUCAUUGCAUCUGUUUCGUUGUUAACUUAACUCAUGCAGACAACUGUCUUUCAUGUCACCAGUUGCACUUUUUCAUUCCUGCUUAGUGCAAUGUUUAGAUUGUCGAAUAAGAAGAAAAGGAAAAUAAAUAAAGUGGAAAAUAAA